AUGGACGUCCCUGUAGCUGCCAAUGUGCUCGGUACUCUCGGAGCUGUAUGUUGGUCUGUCCAGCUCAUCCCUCAAAUCAUCAUAAAUUACCGUCGCCACAAUGCCACCGGCCUCCAACCCUCCAUGAUGAUGUUCUGGGCCUGGGCAGGCGUGCCCCUCGGCGUCUACAACAUAACCUCCGCCUUCAACAUCGCCCUGCGCGUUCAACCCCAAAUCCUUUCGUGUCUGUCCCUAAUCACCUGGAUUCAGGUCUACUACUACGAGAAAAAGUGGUCUGUAUACCGCAGUCUGCUGGUUGUGGUGCCUAUUGCUUGUUGUAUGGCUGGCAUUGAAUUAGGUCUGAUAUUUGCUUUGCGGCAUGGUAAAGAAAAAGGAAUCGACUGGCCGCAAACAUUGAUGGCGGUGCUUGCAGCUGUGUUUCUUGCUUGUGGUGUUUUGGCACAUUAUUGGGAUAUUUACACUCACAAAACGGUCAGAAAUAUCUCGUUUACGUUUUGCUUUAUCGAUGCCAUGGGAGACUUGACAUCCCUGAUUUCGGUGUUUUUCCAGCCGAGGCUGGAUGUUUUGGGUAUUGUGAUCUAUGGUGUUGAGUUGGUGCUUUGGUUGGGGAUUUUUGCUUGUGGGGGAUAUUACAAUCUGAGACCUUGGUUGAGCGAGAAGAGGUCGUCGGCAACACGGCACGGUUCUGAGAACACAAGGGAAGGUACUGGAGAGGGUGUUCCGUUGCACGACAUGCCGUCUUCUACUUCGGCGUUCAGCACUUCUUCUGCGAACAUGGAGGCAAGUGGCUUGCGUGAUAGACACACCGCUACAAGCUCGCAAGCAUAA